CCGGCGGCGCAGCGGCUACGCGGGGAGCGGGGAGCGCGGGCGCAGGGACCCCGCGGGCGGCUGGGGCGUCCUCGGCGCCGCCCGCCCCCGUCCCUCCCCUCGGGCGCUCGGGGCCGCCGGCCGGCGCCGCCUCCCGGGAAGAUGGCGCUGCACUUCCAGAGUCUGGCCGAAUUGGAAGCGCUGUGUACCCAUCUGUACAUCGGGACUGAUCUGACACAGAGGAUCGAGGCGGAAAAGGCGCUCCUGGAACUCAUCGACAGCCCGGAAUGUCUCAGCAAGUGUCAGCUCCUGUUAGAACAGGGAACGACAUCCUAUGCCCAGCUCCUCGCAGCAACGUGUCUUUCCAAACUCGUCAGCCGAGCCAGCCCAUUGCCAGUUGAACAGAGGGUAGAUAUCAGAAACUACAUCCUCCAUUACGUGGCGUCUCAGCCCAAGCUGGCGCCCUUUGUCAUCCAGACGCUGAUCCAGGUCAUCGCCAAGAUCACCAAGCUGGGGUGGUUUGAGGUGCAGAAGGACCAGUUUGUCUUCCGAGAGCUUAUCGGUGACGUGAAGACGUUUCUUCAGGGCACCGUGGAGCACUGCGUCAUAGGAGUGAUGAUCCUUUCAGAACUGACUCAGGAAAUGAACCUGGUCGACUACUCUCGAUCGUCCGCGAAGCACAGGAAAAUAGCCACUUCGUUCCGCGACUCAUCCCUCAAAGAUAUCCUAGUGCUCGCAUGCUCUCUCCUGAAAGAGGUGCUGGCCAACCCUCUGCAUCUCCAGGAUGAGGACCAGCAGGCUCUGGUGAUGCAGGUCUUGAAACUGGUCCUCAACUGCCUUAACUUCGACUUCAUCGGCAGCCCUGCCGAUGAGUCUACCGACGACCUUUGCACCGUGCAGAUCCCCAGCGCCUGGAGAACAAUUCUCCUGGAGCCAGAGACGUUGGACCUUUUCUUCAAUCUGUACCACUCGCUGCCACCACUACUGUCUCAGUUAGCACUGUCAUGCUUAGUUCAGUUCGCUUCUACACGAAGGUCCUUAUUCAGCAGUCCCGAGCGUGCCAAGUACCUGGGCAAUUUAAUUAAGGGAGUGAGAAGGAUACUUGAAAACCCUCAGGGCUUGUCUGAUCCAGGUAAUUACCACGAGUUCUGCCGGUUUCUGGCUCGUUUAAAGACGAAUUAUCAGCUGGGAGAAUUAGUUAUGGUGAAGGACUAUCCUGAAGUCAUAAGAUUGAUUGCAAACUUUACCAUCACUAGCCUACAGCACUGGGAGUUUGCUCCCAACAGCGUCCAUUACUUGCUGACCCUGUGGCAGAGGAUGGUGGCGUCCGUCCCUUUCGUGAAGUCAACCGAGCCCCACCUGCUGGACACCUACGCCCCUGAGAUCACCAAGGCCUUCAUCACCUCUCGCUUGGAAUCUGUAGCCGUAGUUGUGAGAGAUGAUUUAGAUGACCCACUGGAUGAUACCGCUACUGUGUUUCAGCAGCUGGAGCAGCUGUGCACUGUCAGCAGGUGUGAAUACGAAAAGACAUGCUCCCUCCUGGUCCAGCUGUUUGACCAGAAUGCACAGAACUACCAAAAGCUUCUGCACUCCGCCCCGGCGAUCACCGUGGACAAGGCAAUUCAGGAAGGACGCCUUGCCUGGCUGGUGUACUUGGUGGGAACGGUUGUCGGAGGCAGGCUGACAUACACCAGCACAGAUGAGCACGACGCGAUGGAUGGAGAGUUAUCCUGCCGAGUUUUUCAGCUCAUAUCUUUGAUGGAGACCGGAUUGCCACAGAGUUCCAAUGAAAAAAUAGAGCUUGCGAUUUUAUGGUUCUUGGACCAGUUCCGUAAGACGUACGUUGGCGACCACCUUCAGAGAACCUCAAAGAAGGUAUUGGCUGGAGGCAGACAAUCAGAAAUGGUUUCCUCACUCGAUGUCUAUGCCCGAAUGUCAGAAGUCUUAGGAAUAACAGAUGACAACCAUGUUCUAGAAACAUUCAUGACGAAAAUCGUUACAAACCUUAAAUACUGGGGAAGAAGUGAGCCUGUCAUUUCAAGGACUCUGCAGUUCCUAAAUGAUCUUUCUGUCGGCUAUAUCCUGCUGAAGAAGCUCGUGAAGAUAGACGCUGUGAAAUUCAUGCUGAAAAACCACACGAGCGAGCACUUCCCCUUCCUGGGCAUCAGCGACAGCCACAGCCUCAGCGACUUCAGGUACCGGACCACCUUCUACACCGCCCUCACGCGCCUGCUGACGGUGGAUCUCGGCGAAGACGAGGAUGAAUUUGAGAAUUUCAUGCUGCCUCUGACAGUCUCUUUUGAAACCGUCCUACAGAUAUUCAACAACAAUUUCAAGCAAGAGGACACAAAGCGUAUGCUGAUCGGGCUGGCGAGGGAUCUUCGAGGGAUCGCCUUAGCACUGAACACAAAGACCAGCUACACCAUGCUGUUUGACUGGAUGUACCCCCUCUACCUCCCAGUCCUCCAGAAGGCGGUGGAGCUGUGGUACAGCGAGCCGGCCUGCACCACACCCAUCCUCAAGCUCCUGGCGGAACUGGUGCAGAACAGGUCCCAGCGACUGAAUUUUGAUGCAUCCUCUCCUAAUGGAAUUCUUCUCUUCAGAGAAGCUAGUAAAAUGAUUUGCACUUACGGGAGCCGGAUCCUGGCUCUUGGGAGCCUCUCGAAAGACAAGCUCUACCCGAUGAAACUCAAGGGUAUCACCAUCUGCUACUCAGCGCUCAAGUCCGCCCUGUGCGGGAAUUAUGUCAGCUUCGGCGUCUUCAAGCUGUACGGGGACGACCACUUUGACAAUGUCCUUCAGGCCUCUGUCAAGAUGCUGCUGUCUGUGUCCCACAGGGACCUGCUGCAAUACCGGAAGCUGAGCCAGUCCUACUACCCGCUGCUGGAGUGCCUGGCGCAGGACCACAUGAGCUUCAUCAGCAGCCUGGAGCCUCCUGUCCUCCUCUAUGUCCUCACCUCCAUCUCCGAGGGCCUCACGACGCUGGACCCCGUGGUGUCCUCCAGCUGCUGCAGCAGCCUGGACUGCAUCGUAACCUACCUCUUCAAGCACAUAGCCAAAGAAAGCAAGAAGUCACUGAGGUCCAGGGAGGCCGCGCAGGCCGGCCAGAGGCUCCUACAUUUCAUGCAGCAAAAUCCAGAUGUUCUGCAGCAGAUGAUGUCAGUCCUCUUGAACACCAUUGUCUUCGAAGAUUGUCGGAACCAGUGGUCCGUUUCCCGGCCCCUCCUGGGGCUCAUUCUGCUUAACGAGAAGUAUUUCAGCGAGCUGCAGGUAGAUCUAAUCAGCAACCAGCCGCCCCCCAAGCAGGAAGUCCUUGCCCAGUGCUUCCAGAGCCUGAUGGAAGGAGUGGGGCAGAGCCUCUCUGUCAAGAACAGAGACAGGUUCACGCAGAACCUCUCCAUCUUCAGGAAGGAUGUGGCAGAGGCCCUGCGCUGCGACAGUGGCACUGAGCCCGGCGGCCUGGACAUGAUGACCUAACCGGUGGGCGGCUGCGACCAGCUCAGCCUCCACCCAGAAACUCUCCAGGGUCUGGCCCCACCCCCACAGCCAGGGGAUGCCGGCUCACCCCGAGAAGUGGGUGUGUGGAAGGGGUAUCUACUUUUCAAAACAAACAGCAGCAACAAGAACUGUUGUUUUUGUUGUUGUUUGUUUGUUUGUUCUAAGUCUGGUCUCGAGCUCAGAAUUUGUAGCUGUGCACAGACAGCUCUGACAAAACAAAACAAAGACACAGGAGUGUUUUCGGACUUUCUCCAGAGGAGCCUCCUCCCUGUGCUGGAAACGCAGUGCUGAACCAAAGACCACAAUAAACCAGGUUUGCACCUCUGCACGCA